UGGUUUCACUUUCUCCAGAAUUGAAUCCCAACACGAAGAGUGAUUCAGGUCCAUUACUAUCGGUAGGAACCGGCCUACAAGAUGAAGGAAGUUAGCUUUUAUGUGGCGCAGUUGAUUAUUUGAGGAUCUGGUUACCCUUGGCAACGGAAAACUUCUCUGUGCAGCACCUGCAGCACGCGUGCUUCAACAAUGUUGCCUUCAGGUGCUGUCAGAAAUAUAACAUCUGACUUAAGCCGCAUAAAAACACACCAAGAAGUGUUUUAAAAAUGAACAGGCGAUUAGCAUAAAUACUCUCUGUAGUGACUGUCCAUGAAGGAGAGAGAGAAAAAGACAUGUUCGAGACUUAAAGUGAGAACAAUCCAGCUUCCCCAACAAGUGAAAUAAGAAAAACAUGCAGAGGACGGGGGAGAACUUCAACAACCCUGGGUAAUGUCUGCAGGUUGUUUGACGGCACUCCACUGGAUUAGCAGUGGAGAAGCAUCAACUGCUCCUGUGAAUCACAGAGAGUGAGCUGUGUUAUGUGAUUGGGCCUACUACACGUAUGCUGAUAGCUGACAUCCCUUCCAUGGCCAGGUCUGUUAAACACAGCUAAUGGCUUCAGUUAAGAGUGCAGGCAAAGAUUACGGCCAAAAUAGAGGUCAGGCAACAGAUGAGGAAAAGGGAGCACCGUCUCGAGCAUUUCAAGCACUGAUUUGCACCACUAUCCGUAAUAUACAGGGACUGUUAUAGCUGGAGUAUGGUCACACCUGCCACUAGAAAGCACAGCUGGAGAGGACAAGUGCAGGACAGAUCCAUGUGACAAAAAAAAAUCACCUUACCGUUGCCAUUUGCCGUAAUUACCCCACUUGCGGAGAGAGUAAGGGAGGGAGGCUGAGAGACCUUUUGUUGACUGGAGCUGACAAGGCAGCACCAAGUAAGCAGAACCACAGUUGUGGAUAAUCAAGAGUCGUGUUUCACUGAUGUCCAAGAGGGUCUUGCUCCUCCUGCACAGCUAGAUGAACUGUCCCUACAGCCCUGGCUGCCUCAAGGAUCGCAAGAGCCAGAGAGGAGGGACUGUUUGGAACUCUGAGAGCCAGCUGUUGUUCGCUCAGAGCUGGGUCUUUCUCUCCCCGACUCCCCCGUUCUCCACUGGCCUCAUCACUCCAUGGGACUCCAGACCUGGCCGCCAAGCAAUCCACCAGUGUCCACUAUGGCCUGCCUUGAUGUGGAGACCCCCUCCAUCUGCAGGGGUAACUUUAAAUCAGUCCUCCAGCUCUGUCUGCAGCAGAGGAGAACUCGGGAGCAGCUUGUGGAGCAAGGUAUCAUGCCGCAUUCGCAGCCUGGAGAGAGCCAGGGCUGGGAACUUCUUAAAGCACAAACUCUGCCGGAGACCAGAGCGCUCUGAGCUAGUUCGUAUGCACAUCCUGCAAGAGACCCAGGCUGAGCCCUCCCUGCAGGCCACACAGAUGAAGCUGAAGAGGGCCAGACUGGCUGAUGAUCUCAAUGAGAAGAUCGCCCAGCGGCCUGGACCCAUGGAGCUGGUGGAGAAGAACAUCCUGCCUGUUGACUCUGCUGAAGAGGUCCUCAAUGGCCCCACAGGUGGUAAGGCAAACUCCUCUAAGCCACCAGAUAUUUACAACUUUGAUGAGGACAGCAGUGAUGUUUUAUCAACACAACAGCCUGCCAGCCAACAAUCUCCCAGCUCCACCUCUGCCUCUCCAAGGGAGUCUGGAGGGACUGUGGCCACUUCUACUUCCUCUAACUUAAACUCUCCCAUACAGCACUUCCCACCGCCUAACUCACAGUCCACAUCAGAUUUUGUCAACCUUGUCUCCACCAAUGAGCAACAAAGCAACCAACCAGCAUCUACACCUCAACCAAUCACCACUGUUGCCCCCAGUAUCACACCAAGUCCAGUUCUUGUGAAGCAAAGCCUACCCAAGCUGCCUGCCGAUAAAAGCCGCAGCAAAAAGAGCAAAGAGCCCAAACCACGGGUGAAAAAGUUAAAGUACCAUCAGUACAUCCCCCCGGACCAGAAGCAGGAGCUCAAUGAAAUGCAGAUGGACUCUGCUUAUGCACGCCUCCUGCAGCAGCAGCAGGAGUUCCUGCAGCUCCAGAUCUUAAGCCAGCAACAGCAGCAGUUCAACUACCAGGCCGGGACGACUGCCACACUCAAACAAACAACUGAGGCACAAACCAGUUGUUCCAGUGUUAUUCUGAGUGGAAACCAAGCGUCCACCCCUAUGCAGCCCCGGUACACUCAGACAAACCGCAAGCCGGAUCAUUUACCAGCUAAUCUGGAUGAGAUGAAGGUUGCUGAGCUGAAAAUGGAACUAAAACUCAGGUCAUUACCUGUUUCUGGGACUAAGACGGAUCUGAUAGAGAGGCUAAAGAUGUAUCAAGAGAACUCUAACAUCCAGACUGCUGCUGCCAUUGAGACAACAGCCGUCACAGCAGUCUCACAGUCUGAAAACAUAAAGUUAACCCCGCCUGUGUCUCCUAUAGCCUCCAAGGUGAGCUGUCUGGGCAUAGAAGAUAGUAAUAUGGCAGACAGCCCCGCCAAGCUUUCAGCUGCUCUGUCUCCAACUGUCACUGCUCCCUGUAUGAACUCCCCACAGAGAGCUCCACAUGAGGAGUGUCCGACAGAGAUGAGGUCCUAUGAGAAAGACUCUGAGAAGGACAAACGUCUCCAUGAGAAGGAGCGUCAGAUUGAGGAGCUCAUGCGGAAGCUGGAGCGGGAGCAGAGGCUUGUGGAGGAGCUGAAGAUGCAGCUCGAGGUGGAGAAGAGGAGUCAGCAAGGAGAUUCUCCACCUCAGCUCAGCCCUCUUGCUCCCAUCCAGGUCAAAGAGGAAAACAGGACCCCGUCAAGCUGCUCGGCGUCCUGUAGUUCUCCUGGUCUGCCAGUGUUGGUCAAACAAGAGGUGGUGGCAGAUCAGAGCGACUUAGCUCCUGAAAAUCAGUUCAUCAGCCACCAGACUAAUAAGCAGCCUGAAAGCCUUCAUCCUAUCCAGACUGGAGCUCAGAUCCUCCUGCCUACGUCCCUUCCUGCCUCUGCAGUCGCUAUCCAGCUCCCUCCACACAGCAUCAAAUUACACACUACGGUUGCCAGAUCAGCCCCAGGCCUCAUCCAGACCUCUGGACAGGUGCCACUGAAAAUAGAGGUCUCAGCAGCAUUACAACAGCAAUGCAGCACUCAGACUCAGCCACUGACAAAGAUUUGGAGGAUGGAUAGUACAGCACAACACUUACACAACACAUUCCCAGCAAAUGGAUGUCCUGUGGGAGCCUCCACUAGCCAAGCGCGUCCUAAAGGACCCACAAAAAAGUCUCCCUGUACCAGCCAGCCAACUUUGAUCUUGCAGCAGACAAAAUUCAGAAACCACGUGUCAAAGUGUAAAGACCCACCUCGUUAUGAGGAUGCCGUUAAACAGACACGCAGCAUGCUAACAGCUGUUCAGGGUUCAACUGCAGCCAGCCAGCAGAUGGAUGACCUGUUUGAUGUCUUAAUUGAGAGUGGGGAGAUCUCCCCCUUCAUCAGACAGGACCCUCCCAGUUUAGACAAGCGUCUCCCUGUGACAGCCAGUGUAACCACCCUUCCCAUCAACACGGUUUUAUCCCGCCCUCCACCCGUGGUUCAAGUGGCCCAGUCACCUGCUGCGCCACUCAACCCCUCCACCAGGUUGGCAGCUCUGACUUCUGACACCCAGAUGGAAACCCUCCUGGAUGGCACACUGGGUGCUCACACUGAGCAACAAACCCUGAAGCUGAUAGAGGAGCUACACCCACCUAUGGCUACCAUGGAGGUGGACUUAAAUGAAAACACACCACCCUCUGCUUUGAACCUGCACAGUACGAACAUUGACAAUAUGGAUUGGCUGGACCUUACCCUGUCUGUGCCAGCAGAGGGUGUCAACCCUUUGGACAUAUCAACACCAGUGGGCGUCUUCUCUACUGACUUCCUGGACUCGCAUGAUCUGCACUUGAACUGGGACUGAGUGCUAUCAAGGUGAAUUCUUACACCUAUCAGGCCGUUUCAGAUAAAUUACUUUUUUAUGCAAGGGAGGAUGGCUUUUGUUUCCUUUGUGGAAAAUGAAAAGCUUUUGGAGGUUAAGGGCAGCUCUGUUUCGCUUUCUGACUUCUCAAUAAUAAUCUAAUUAUGCAGCGUCAGUUCAGCUGCUGCAUUGCUUCCUUGAGGUCUUUAAACCCUCUGAUUGUAUGGGGAGAGUGACAUAAAGUAGGACUCCUACUGGCAGAUUGAGCUGACAGUGGAAGUAGCUUUUAAAUUUCAAUCUUAAGUUAUGCCACUUAUUUGUAAUCAAUCUGUUCUCAUGUUAUUGAUUUCUAUUUGCCCUCUGGUCUUAAUGAAUGUACAGUGUUGUAUUGAUCGUGUAAAUAAAGGAAAAGAACAGGACAAUGUCCUGAUCCUGGUUAAAGAACUAAUGGACAAACACUGUGUAUUAUCACUAUCUAAACAGAUUGUAAAACACAACUGCAAACUGUUCUUUGUGUGUAAAUCGUGAAGCAUAAAUCAGAUGUUUGACUGAAUUGGGAGUGUGAACAUGUUAACACUAGAGUACUCUCAGCAUUGUUGUAUCUCUCAACCAGUUCUGACAAGAUUUCUAGCAGUGUGCAGAUCAGCCAAAUUGUCACUCUCCAGUGUGUACAGUGUAUCUGUACACUGUGUAGAACAUGCUGCACAUAUUUUUGAAAGCUUAAAAAGGAGAAUCCUCACUUACAGUUAUGACCAGCUAGUCACAAGAGUUAUCUGCAGUGCUCCGUCUAGACUGUAUCCAAAUUAAUAAUAAUAAAUUGUUCUUGGAACAUCA